AUGUCGCUCACGGAUCUUCAAAAUAACAUCUACUUGUUCAGCAAUCCAGGAUGGAACGGCGAGGGAACAAUCGCGUCAACAAUAUCCAAGAACCUCUCGCAGCAAACGAGCCAGCUAGCUUAUGAGCAGCAAAUCGACACAAAUUUGACGACUUUAUCCGUAGCAAAUGCCGCGCCGUUUGAUAGCUCCAUACAGGGCCUCCUGUACGUUCCCGAUAUUUCGUCCGUUCCCACUUGCGAUGUGCAACAGUACGAUUCCAUUCCGCGAAAUGUUACACGAAGAAAAGACCUCCCUCCCGCAAACUUCAACCUAAUUGCCAUUGCUCCAUGGUUCAGCAGCGAUUGCACGCAAGCCUAUCUCAAUUCAGCCUUGCAAGGCCCCGUCAAGGCCUUCAUCUUCUACAAACCCAACAACUCAACCAAUAAACCCCAGGAUGGCGACUCUCCAGUUUGGAACCUGGGCGAUGGCGGCGCUUGGCGAGCCAACCACCACUUCCCCAUUUUCGCGAUUCCAGGGCUGCAAGGACAGAAAAUCAUCACGCAGUUAAGCCUAUACUCUGGCUCCAUAACCCAAGUUCCACACGGAGAGGAGGUCCAGCGAUUGUACAAUCUUCAUGGAACGACAUAUUUGCGCAUAUGGACCAAGCUUACGUUGGAUAAACCAUCGAACCCGCCAGCGACCUGGGCGUUCAUCCUCAUCGUCAUCGGUGCCCUCCUCUUUGUAAUCCUCACCGUUUCUAUAGCCAUGCAUUUCAUCCAACGACGCAACCGCAACUCCCUGAAGCGUCGAGUCCAAUCCGGAGAGGUCGAUCUCGAGGCGAUGGGUAUCAAGCGUGUGACGGUGCCUGCCACGCACGUAGUACAGUUCCCUCUAUUCACCUAUAAUGCAGAGCCUGACUUACUUGAUUUGCCAUCGACUCCUCACUCACAAACCACGCCGUCCGGCGGCACGCGAAAGACACGGAAAAAGAGACGCCGCGAAUCUGGUGCUGCAAUGGACGCAGCAGCUCCAGGCGCGCCAAGCGUUCGUAGCAUACGAAGCAAACGAUCGAACCUUGCCGGCGCGGGCGAGACCACGGCCACCAAUUAUCAACCAACUUGCCACAUUUGCUUAGCCAGCUUCGAACAUCGAGUAACAAUAAUCCGCGAAUUGCCUUGCGGCCACAUCUUCCACACCGAAUGUAUUGACGAAUUCCUCAUACAAAAUAGCUCGUUAUGUCCGACCUGCAAGCACUGUAUGCUUCCCCGUGGCUACAGCCCCAAAAUCACCAACGGAAUGGUUCGCCGAGAAAGGGCUUUGAGGCGACUGAGGGAAAGAGUCGACCUGGAAGAGAUUUCACUUGAAUCUGGCGACAAAAAGCUCAUUGCCUGGGGAAGAAAGAUAUUUGGCGCGUCACAUUUGGGCCAUGCAUCCUCUACCAAGACAGAUGUGCCUAUGAAAUCACUAAAGUCGUCCAAACGAAGCGCAAAUACGGCUGAGAACCAAAACUCUACUGAAGGCGACGACAGCAACAGUUCGUCAUCAUCACCAAAUAGGACUACGGAUUCAACGGAACCGCCUCAAGUGACCCCUACGAUAGCAAUAACCCGGCCGAAGAAAUCCAAACCGCGAGCGCUUAAACUACUUCCCACACAACCCGAGAACGCCGAAUUGAACAUGAACGACAGAGCACCGAAUAGGCGAGGCAGCCCCUCAUCAUUUGCUCGAGAACGGAUGCGAGAGAUCGCUGACAACAAUGCACCCUUCGAUGACCCUGAUAAGGCUCGUCCAAGAUGGAGGCGAGUCAUAUCGAAGGCGUUCCCUGGGUUCAAUUAA